AGGAACGCACUCGCACAUGCAUGGACACACACCAGAUUCACAGGUAACACCGGUAUGUAAGCAACAGCGAAGCGUCUUUCUAAUUGUUUAAAUAAAUAAGUUCGCAUUACACCAGCCAUCCAGAUAUAUCAAGCCCCCUGCGCACAGCAACACUGCCGUCACAUGCUCAACUCGACCACUCCAUUCAUAUGCUCCUUCAUGACCAUGACUGUGCAAAGUAACGAGAUAUUACGUUACUCGAGAUUGCGUGCCAUACAGUUGGUAAUACUAAUACAAUAUGUUAUCCUUUUUCGCUAUAUUAUGCGUUGCGCCAAGAAUGCAGGGAAUAGGGCUUUAAGGUGCCCGCCUCAUCUGUUGUGUGGAAAAGUUGCGGAUGAUGGCUCGUUAAAAUGAUUGUAGAGUUUGAGUACUCUCAUUCCCGAGAGGCCAUCGUA